UGAACUUUGAAACAUGCUUUCAUUAGAAUAUUAGGUUUAAGCGUAGCAACUUCAACUUUGAUUUUGUUUGACGAUUCAGUGUGUAAACAACAAAUAGGCUGAAAACGUGCAACAAAUUGGCUUCAAAUAUAAAUAGUUAAUACAGCUAACUUUAAAAUGAAUCAAAAUGGAAAGCCAAAGCCACUUAAGUUAUGGAAGAGCGCUGGGAUUAAUGAAAAGAAGCAGAAGAUUUUUAAGAAGAAAGUGAAAACUGAGGACCAAGAUAAAGAAGAAACGCCUAAAAAACGAGUUUCUUUUCAGGAAAAUGAUCAAGAGGUUCAUCUUGCUCGAAAUAAUAAAAAAAAUUUAAAAAGAAAAAAUGAACCAAAUGCUUUCAGUCCCAACAAAAAGCAAAAAAUUCCUAACAGUGCCAAAGAUUCAACGAAAGAAAAACAGCUAGAAAAUGUAAAAACAAACACUAAAAACAAAAAUUCUGAGAAGAAAAAGAAACCUGACAAUUUGACUAGAAAGGAAUGGAAAAUGCUUCAUUUAGACAAGACUUCUAAAUCUCCAAAAGAAUCAACAGAAAACAAAGAAAGUCAAAAAACAGCUAAAAGUCAAGUACCAUUAACCAAGGCCGAUAGAAAAAAAUUAAAAUUUAAAGGAAAGGGUAAAGAAGAAUUAUUUGAAGUCGUAAAAACAUUGAAGACAUGCUGGGAAGAGCUUCGGAGGCAAGACCUCAAGGAAGAAAAAAAAGGCCAGCUUUUAAAGCAAGUUUGUGGUCUUUUAAAGGGACGUGUAAAAGAGUUCACAUUUGCUCAUGACACUGUCCGUGUUCUAGAGAGUGUUUUUAAACUGGGAGCUGAUACUCAUCGUGCUUUGCUUCUCGAUGAGCUUAAAGAUGAUUUCCUUCCAUUGGCUAAGUCUAAGUAUGGGAAAUUUCUGCUAAUUAAUGUCCUGAGACAUGGUUCCAAAAACCAGAAAGAUACAAUUAUAAAAGCAUUUCAUGGAAAAAUUGUCAAGCUUAUUAGGCAUUCACAAGCAUCAGAAGUCGUUGAAAUGGCUUUUAACGAGUGUGCUACUAAUCCUCAAAGAUUUGAAAUGAUACAAGAGUUUUUUGGGCCCAACUACAAGUUUUUCAAGAUUACUGAUGUCCAUUCACUGGAUCAACUACUUGAAGCAAAUCCAGAGAAGAAAUCAAAUAUUAUACAACAUAUGAAAGAAGAAUUGAUGAAAGUUUUGGACAAGACUGUUGUAAAGCAUAGUAUUGUGCACCAUGUCCUCUGGCAGUUCAUGAAACAUUGUGAUCCGACAUCAAGGUCAGAUAUUAUUGAAUCUCUUAGAGACAUAAUUCCUGAAAUACUUCACACAAAAGAUGGCUCUCUUGUUGGAAUGCAUUGUGUUUGGUAUGGUUCUAUAAAGGUAAAUUUUCUUUUCUUAUCUUGCUUGUAUGAUCUAGCUAUAGUAUAGCUGUGCCAUUUGUCCCUAAAUUUGUUC